UACCUCCGCGGGCUCGGGAACGAGCACGCGUCCGAGUCCCUCCCCGGAGCGCUCCCGGAGGGAAGGAACAACCCGGCGCGAUGUCCGUACGGUCUCUACGCGGAACAAAUCUCGGGCACCGCGUUCACGGCGCCGAGGAGCGAAGGGAAGAACCUGCGGACGUGGAUGUACCGGAAGAAGCCGUCCGUGACGCACGAGCCGUUCAAAUCUAUCGAACACAAUGCUGAACUUGGCUCUAAGCUCGGCGAGAGGGUGAUCGCGGACUUCGCCCCGUCUAGCCGCGACAUCGAGGCGACCCCGAAUCAGUUGCGGUGGUUUCCGAGGAAAUAUCCGGAGGUUUCUAAGAUGACGGGAAACCGUAUAAGAUCGACUUUCAUCGGAGGAUUAGAGACCGUGUGCGGCGCGGGGUCUGCCGCUACGAAGGACGGGUACGCGAUUCACACGUACGCGUGCGGCGUGGACAUGGUGAACGAUUGCUUCGCCAACGCGGACGGCGACAUGCUCAUCGUUCCGGAAAAAGGCACGCUCGACGUUCAGACCGAGCUCGGGCGUCUGGAAGUCCCGCCGGGGUUCGUGUGCGUCGUACCGCGAGGGAUUCGGUUCAGAGUGACGCUGCCGGAGAUACCGCAAGACGGAGAAGAAAACGAACCAGACGCGGACUUCGCGCGCGGAUACGUCCUGGAAGUUUUCUCCGGCCACUUCGAACUCCCGGACCUGGGCCUCAUCGGCGCCAACGGCCUCGCGUCCGCGCGAGAUUUCGAGAUGCCGACGGCGUACUGCGACGACGACGAUGCGAUGCACAGAGCGCGCGAUGCGGGGGAGUGGGCGAUCGUCCACAAGUUCCUCGGUGAAUUCUUCGAGGCGAAACAGUCGUUCUCGCCGUUCAACGUCGUCGCAUGGCACGGCAACUACGUCCCUUUUCGGUACGACCUCUCCAAGUUCUGUCCGAUGAACUCCGUGUCGUUCGACCACGCGGACCCGUCGAUAUUCACCGUGUUGACCGUGCGAGGCGGGUCCGCGUCGCGACCGGGCGCCGCGUGCGCGGACUUCGUCGUGUUCCCGCCGCGCGUUAACCCGACGGCGGACACCUUCCGGCCGCCGUACUACCACCGCAACUCCCAGACCGAAUACAUGGGACUCAUCAGAGGGCAGUACGAAGCGAAAGUCGACGGCGGGUUCCUCCCGGGCGGCGGGAUGCUACACAGCUGCAUGACGCCGCACGGGCCGGACGCGGAGACGUUCGCGCGCGCGUCGUCCCCGCGCGCGUGCGACGAGGCGGGGAGGAUAGGGGACGACGCGUUGGCGUUUAUGUUCGAGUGCGAUUACGCGCCUCGGGUGUCGAAGCGCGCGAUGCGCGGGGAGACGCUGGAUGAGAACUACUACAAGGUGUGGAGCUCGCUGAGGAGUUACUUCGACGCGAACGAUAGGGAC